AUGAAGGAGCUUGAGGAUUUGACGGAGAUGUCUUUGCCUCUAAUAGUUGUUAGAAACAAAGCAGACCUAGCCGAGGGUACGAGUUUUCCUGAAGUGAAAUCAACCUCACGACUGGAUGUUGUGGAUUGUGUGAACACAUGCGCUCUCAGUAGUGAAGGUGUUCGCCCGCUAAUGAUGUCGUUAGAACGACUCAUUGAAAAUCUCUGUCCUGACGACAGUGGGCCUUGUUUGACUGACGUCCAGCUUUUGAGGUAAUC